UUCACCCUCACCCUGAAGGUGUCGGUUCCUUGGAGCUUUCCCUUAUCUCUUUGAGGUCCCUGGUUCCAGAGAUCACUCUUCCCAGCUCAGCUCAGUACCUCCUCACAGCCGUAGCAGCCACCUUGAGAUCCCUACGCUGAUCAUGUUUUCUGUGUUUGGAUUCUCUGUCCCCAUCUCGGCCACAGAGCUUCUCCUGGCCUCUGCCAUCUUCUGUCUGGUAUUCUGGUUGGUCAGAGCUUGGCAGCCCCAGAUCCCCAAAGGCCUGAAGAGUCCACCAGGGCCCUGGGGCUGGCCCUUGUUGGGGCACGUGCUGACCCUAGGGAAGAACCCACAUCUGGCUCUGUCGAGGCUGAGCCAGCGUUAUGGGGACGUGAUGCAGAUCCGCAUUGGCAGCACACCUGUGCUGGUACUCAGCGGCUUGGACACCGUCCGGCAGGCCCUGGUGCGGCAGGGUGAUGAUUUCAAGGGCCGGCCUGACCUUCACAGCUUCACUCUGAUCUCUGAUGGCCAGAGCAUGACCUUCAGCCCAGACUCUGGACCAGUGUGGGCUGCCCGCCGGCGCCUGGCCCAGAACGCCUUGAAGAGUUUCUCCAUCGCCUCAGACCCAGCUUCCUCGUCCUCCUGCUACUUGGAGGAGCACGUGAGCAAGGAGGCAGAAUAUCUCAUCCGCAAGUUCCAGGAGCUGAUGGCAGGGGUUGGGCACUUCGACCCCUACAAGUAUGUAGUUAUGUCAGUGGCCAAUGUCAUCUGUGCCAUGUGCUUUGGCCGACGAUAUGAUCAUGAAGACGAAGAGCUGCUUAACUUAAUCAACCUGAAUAAUGAGUUUGGGGAGGUGGCUGCCUCCGGGAAUCCGGCUGACUUCAUCCCUAUUCUCCGUUAUCUGCCCAACUCUGCCCUGGACACCUUCAAGGACCUGAAUAAGAAGUUCUACAUCUUCAUGCAGAAGAUGAUCAAGGAACACUACAAAACAUUUGAGAAGGGCCACAUCAGGGACAUCACAGACAGCCUGAUCGAGCACUGUCAGGACAAGAGGCUGGAUGAGAAUGCCAAUAUCCAGCUGUCAGACGAGAAGAUCAUUAAUGUCGUCUUGGACCUCUUUGGAGCUGGGUUUGACACAGUCACAACUGCCAUCUCCUGGAGCCUCCUAUACCUGGUGACAAGGCCCAGCAUGCAGAAAAAAAUCCAGGAGGAGCUGGAUACAGUAAUUGGCAGGGCGCGGCAGCCCCGGCUCUCUGACAGGCCCCAGCUACCCUAUAUGGAGGCCUUUAUCCUGGAGACCUUCCGACACUCCUCCUUCGUCCCCUUCACCAUCCCCCACUGUACCACACGAGACACAAGUCUGAGUGGCUUUUACAUUCCCAAGGGGCAUUGUGUCUUUGUGAACCAGUGGCAGAUCAACCAUGACCAGAAGCUGUGGGGUGACCCAUCUGAGUUCCGACCAGAACGGUUUCUCAACCCCAACGGCACCAUCAACAAAGCACUGAGUGAGAAGGUGGUUCUCUUUGGCUUGGGCAAGCGGAAGUGCAUCGGUGAGACCAUCGGCCGCUUGGAGGUCUUUCUCUUCCUGGCCAUCCUGCUGCAGCAGGUGGAAUUCAGCGUGCCGCCAGGUGUGAAGGUGGACAUGACCCCCAUCUACGGGCUGAGCAUGAAGCAUGCCCGCUGCGAGCACUUCCAGGUGCAGGUGCGCCCUCAGGGGACUGAAAGCCCUGCAGCCUAGACUCUGUCUACCUGACCUGCUUGGGCAGCCAGGCCAGGGUGCUGGCCCGGGGGGUCUAGUCUUUGGCCUGAAACCCACAGAUAUUGGUCUGGCUGAUUUUUGCUGUCUAGGCUGCAGGCAAGUCUGAGGGAUUAUGCCUGCCCCCCCACCCUAGGCUUGCCCCUCUGCAUACUGACCACAGACAGUGGACACAGCAGGGGCCACACAGGAGCUGAUAGACCCUUCUGAAUUAUGCUUGAGCUAGGAGGCCUGGUAGGGUUAGGAGAUCCUCAGGCCUCUGAAAGCCCCUAAGCACAGCAGCUGACUGACUCUCUGUGGGAGCUGACUGGCUUGAGAAACAUUUAAAGCAGGCCACACCACGGCCUGUGUAAUCUCUUUGACAAUUGAGAGCAGUAAAGAGUGAAGGGAAGAGGCAUCCCAGAAUACUGGUGCACAGGUGAUCUGCCCACUUGAACAAGGCUGAGCAAUCUGACCACAUGGGUGUGGGAUACAGUGCCUGGGGGGAUUGCCUCCCUCUGCCCUCUGUGUAGGCAGGAACAGGGCAGCCUCUUGGCCUUACAAGGCCCCUGUUCCUUUCUAGGGAGCACUGGGGACUUGUGUCAAAGAGGAGCAGAGAGCAGAGGGAGUGCGCAAAUCCAGGCACCAGGACAGGUCAGGAGUGAGGCUGUAGUAAUUCAGUCACCUUUUACUGGUCUCCUUUCUCUACACCCUGUAUUAAAAUGUUUUUUAAAAAAUGUUUGUAUGCAAGGAGCUUUUUAUUUUAGCCUGCAUUGUACUUGCAUGUUUGCAUUUAUCAUAUAUAAGAGCUUAAGAACAAUUUAUUUAGAGCAAUGGAGAAAAUUCUAACCCAAGUAUCCAGAAAUGUGUAGGAAACAUCUACCUGAGCUAAAUAAAGAAUUAUCCAGA